AUGUCCUCUUCAGACUCCGACGGGCAUGACGCCAUUCUGGUCGGCCUAGAUGAUGUUCGUGACUUCAACCUGGACAACAUCCUUCCUCUCCUUCCCGCCGACAUCCUUAAGAUCAGGAAAUGGCUUCAGCCAACCGCAUAUGACCUAGAGAGAAGUGAAUACUCUAGACAUCGUCUCUCAUAUCUUGCGGGAACUGGAAAGUGGUUCACUUCCACAACAACAUUUCAACAGUGGCACCAAGGCGACGAAGAUGGGCUGUUGUGGGUCAAGGGUGUCCCAGGCUCCGGCAAGUCUGUCCUAGCUGCUUCAAUCAUCAAUCAGUUACAAAAAGAUGGCAUUCCAGUCAUCUUUUUCUUUUUCAGGCAGAUCAUCGACGCCAACCAUCAGCCGGUGUCCGCUCUGCGGGAUUGGUUAUGUCAACUUUUGGAUUACAGCCCUGCUCUGCAAGUCAAGCUGAAGAAUUAUAUUGACGACCACCGUGGUUUGGACAGCUUGUCCCCAACCGAUCUCUGGAAAGACCUGAAGCUGGCACUGGCCACAUUCCCAAGGGUCUACUGUGUCACGGACGCUUUGGAUGAGAUGGACCAGGGGAACGAUGAGUUCCUCCACGCUUUGGUGGAUUUGGGCCAGUGGCGCCCGUCUAAUGUCAAGGUUUUCAUCACGUCGCGCCCAGUAUCAAUAGUAGAGAAUUCCUUGAGGUCAUUCUCCAUUCCCCAGAUUCGACUGGAAGAGAAACUCGUCGACCUCGACAUCGCAGCCUAUGUACAACACAAACUUCGCCACUCAUCGAUCGCUCCUGAAUCCUGGAGUGUCAUAGAGGAAGCUAUUCCCGGUCGGGCGAAUGGGCUGUUCUUAUACGCCAAGCUUUCAAUGGAUGCAUUUCUUGAGCCAGGUGCCGAUGUAAAUGAGGUGCUCAAGGCAUUGCCAGCUGACUUGAACGUCAUGUACAAUAAUCUGUUGCACGAACAUGCAAUACGCUCGGCUGUUCCCGAGGAUUUGCAACUUCUUGUGUUGCAGUUUGUCACCCAUGCCACACGCCCUCUUCGUAUUCUCGAGAUCGCUGAAAUGGCAAAAAGCCUCCAAGGCCCAGCUACAGAUCGCAGCCUGAAAGAUACGAAAGACUUGGUGCGGGCUGCUUGUGGCCCGCUGCUUGAAAUCCUUCCUGAUGAGACGGUCUCGGUCGUUCACCACUCAUUCACCGAGUUCUUGAAAGGAUUCACUCGUUCUACUGAAUCGGAUGAUACGACAUAUCCGAUCCUUCAAUCGGGCUUAACAAACAAAUGCCUGGCUAUUGCGUGCUUGGAGUAUCUCCAGUCUGGCUGCCUGGCCGAUCAAGAAAUGAAGGAAACUACCGACAAAUGGGGAUUUUUCGGCCGCAAAGAUGGCAAGCAAAGAGAACUGAAGCUCCGGUUCCCGUUCCUAGAAUAUGCAGCACAUAAUUGGUACAUUCACAUCCGUCGCGCAGUCUCAGCGGGUGAAGAUAUGGCACUUGUCUACACCAUGCUUGAUGCUUUCUUUGCGGAAAGUCGGAUCUUCACCGGUUGGCGAGUUAUGGCAUGGCCGCAAGGUGCAACCCGGGGCAUUGUCGCGCUUCAUGUCGCUGCGUGGGCUGGCUUGUCUGGAUACGCCACCCACUUGCUUGAAAGAGGAUGUAUCAUAGAAACACGAGAUGCUCGCGAAAACACAGCGUUAUACUGGGCUGCCACUUCCGGCCAUCACAACGUGGUACAGGCUUUGCUUGCCAAAGGAGCUGACCCCAAUGCAGAACAUGAGGAAGGAUACAACGCCCUGCAUAUGGCAGCUAAAAAUAAUCACGCCGCAGUCGCCAAACUUUUGCUCACUGCUGGCGUUGACCCGCUCACCCCCAAGACUAAAGAGGCCCCCGGAAGGAUGUGUGGGAACGCACCCACAUCACGUGGAAAUACACCUCUCAUGUACGCAUGUUAUAAUGGCCAUGCGGAGACGGUGGCCGAGUUUCUACCUUUUUUGAAAAGCAUUCAUACAUGUCACCAAGCCCUUUGCUGGGCGGCCAAUGCAGGGCAAUGUGCAGUGGUUGAGUUGAUCAUUCAACACCCCGGUGUCGAUGUAAAUGAGACAUGCCGAGGGAAGAAUGCUCUUUUUGCAGCUUGCUGCGGCGGAGGAGAUGUAAACACCAUUCGUGCAUUACUGCGAGCGGGAGCCGAUCCAAACAUAUUGUGUGCACACACAGAAAAAACGAUGCCUAGGCGCAUGCGCAGGUCAAACAAUCAUACGGAUCAAGAUCCUACCAGAGGGGAUACCGCUUUACAUGCCAUUUGUGGAUCGGGCAAGAUUCAAGGCACAGUCUCGCCGGCGGGCGUGGAUUCUCUGCUUCAGGCAGGGGCCAAUGUUCAUGUACGAAGUCCUGUCGGCAAAACGGCCCUGCACUAUGCCUGCGAUUACCACAAAGCAGAUGUGGUCAAGAUGUUACUCGAAGCCGGUGCAGACCCUACGGCAGAAGACGAUUAUGGGGCUACACCAUUACACACAGAAGGAAGUAGAGACGAAGAACUCCUUCCUGUGCUUUUGGGAACAGGUGUAGUCGAUAUCAACAAGGCCAUUGGGAAGACUAAAAAGACACCAUUAUUAUUUCGGCUUGAGGGCUUUAAUAGGAGGCGAAUACUUGCCUUCUUGGAGUAUAAGCCUGAUGUCAAUAUCGCUGACACCUGGGGCAAUGGUCCGCUACACAAGGUUCUCGCGAACUAUGAUACUCACAGCGGUGUUAUCGACGCCUUGAUAUCUCUGGGCGCCAAUCCAAAUGCGAUGAACAAGGAAGGCAAUGCCCCGUUGCACACCAUGAAUGAUAAACAUAGCCCAUUCAUUUCCAAGCUCGUUGAUGCUGGUGCAGACCUUGAAGCUCGAAAUCACGAUGGCUAUACAAUUCUUUUCAAACAUGCCAACGAAGAGCCCUUUCAGACCUUGAUUGAUCUAGGUGCUCGCCUCGAUGCGCGGGACUCUACUGGCCGAACUCUGUUGCAUCGAUGUUGCACUAACACCGAUCGCUUGGACUAUUUGAUAAGUCUCGGCCUUGAUCCUUUGGCCACAGAUCACCAAGGCAACUCGCUUUUGAUGGAAGUUGCCGCUACCAGAAACUGCACACAGAUCGCUAUCAUGAAACAUCUGGUAGGACUAGGUUUGGACAUAGAUAAACCAAAUCAUCGUGGGAGGACUGCUCUGCAUGUCCUGUGUGCUGGGGUCAACCUUUCAUCCUCGUCAGGAGAAGAGAGUAGUUUGGAUUAUGUGCUUGGAGUCUGCAAGAGCGUUAAUUCUAGUGAUUGUCAAGGUGUUCAGCCCUUACACCUCGCCGCCACAAUAUCCGAGUCCCACGUUGUGAAGCUCCUCAAUGCCGGUGCGGACAUGUUCAAAGUAACAAACGAAGGGAUGUCAGUACUCCAUAUAGCAGCCCGCACCCGCCAGCCCAAUAUCGUGGCACUCUUCUGCUCUAGACUUACAGCACUCGGAGCAGAAGAGAGAACUGCAUUUGUGAACCAACAGACCACCGAAGGGCAAACAGCCCUCCACUAUGCCUGCCGUUCAGGUCGCCCUGAGACCGUCCAAGAAUUGCUCAAAGCCGGCGCCGAUCCCACCAUACUAGAUAGUGCAAAUCGUUCACCUUUUAGAGCAUGUGCACAGUUUGAGGCAGAAGAACAACUAUGGAGCGGUCGUAGGAAGGUAACGCGGACGAACUACCUUCACGCAGCUGGCGUCCUAGUGCGCGAUCACCAACGGCCGUUCUUUGAUCUCCCUGAUAAAGAUUACGGCGUAGAGAAUACGGAACAUGAUACAGUUCGUCUGGAUGAGAUUCUGGAUUUACUUUUCCUCCAUGGAGCCCUCUCGUCCUGUAAUGGUUGGUGUCACGAGACGUUUAAUGAGGCUGCUUCGAAUCGGUACGAAUACACUAUGGGUGCCCUCUCAAGACUGAAAUCUCGUCUUCCCGGCGUGAGACGAUCUUAUCUCUAUGGGCUCAACUAUGUUAUUUGCAAAGCCCGUCUAGAUGCAACAAAACAAGCGUUCAGAGAGUAUGACAAACAUACCUUUACAUCAUCCCGUGGGGGUGAUUACGCCCCCUUUAUGAGAGAGUUAAUGUUCGCCAGGCAGUACGACUUGUUUGAAGAGGGAGCAGAGAAGAGGCUUAGUGUCUCCAAACUCAGUCGCUACGAUACCUCUUUAAUGCAUUGUCUUGCGGGUUGGGGAUAUAAAGAGCUGCUGGAACGUGUUUGUGAUAAGGAUGCUGCACUGAGGUUUGAUGACCACAAAUGGUGCCAAGAGGCAGAAACGGAACAACGGUACGCUGGAAAGCCUACGCAGCCUCUACUGGUGACUGCAUGUGAUCGCAAUUUGCCAAACAUGGAUGUGGUGGAAUUCCUUGUUGAGAAGGUCGGCGUCAACAUCAAUGCACAAUUCAGAACCUCAGUAUGGGGGGAUACCAUCAAAACGGCCGGAGGGGCCCUUCAUAAGCUCGCGCUCGGGUACAGCUGGUGGCAGGUUUACAAAGCAUUGCCAUAUUUGAUCAAAAAAGGGGCAGACCUUGAACUGCGUAGUGAGGAUGGGGCGACACCAUUACACGCAGCCAUGGAUCCCAAACAUGGCCCCUUCCGCAGAGAUGCCGUGGAGACUCUCAUCAAGUGUGGCGCAGACGUCAAUGCCGUGGAUGGCAAGGGAGAGACAUGUUUGUCAAAAGCCAGUAAUGAUCUACAGAUGACCAGGCUACUCAUGGAUCAUGGCGCCCAUAUUAGUGCAGCGGCCAUUUUUUCUGCGAUCUCAAUGGGCGAAAUUGAGAUAUUGGAAACAUUGCUGUCACGGGGUGAUUACGCAAAUCUCAGGCGACCCGAGCCAGCUAUCCCUCGGAAAAAAGGCAAACUCAAGCCCAAUAUUCUUGAUUCCGAGGUCUCACCUCUUCUAUUUGUCGCUAUCCCUGAUCUGCGAUACAUCAAUUCUAACUAUCACAAGCCACUAUCUCGCUCGAAUGUGGAUGAGAAUUUACUCGACACCCGUAUCAUGACAAUACUACUCAAUCACGGCGCAGAUCCAUUUGCCACAUAUGUUGGGGAGCUCUCAUGUCCAAAAUACAUGAAGAAACCAGACUCAAGCCUGGAUGAGCCUGGUAUAUCGCACCCGCAGAUUGAACCCCAAAGGCACACUAUCAUCCAUGAAAUUCUGAAAUCAAAGCACAUAAGUGGACCAUUCUUUCAAUUGCCAUCGUUAGAGCUUGAGCGACGGGAUUCAAGCGGUUGCACAUUGCUUCUUGCAGCUUCCCAGAGCCAAAACACACUGAACACCAAGGUCGAUUUUAUUGAAGCUGGGACAACCAUCACAAAGACUAUUUUCCAAGAGCUCAUCGACCGUGGUGCAAAUGCCAUGGCACAGGACAACGAUGGCAAUACCAUCCUCCACCAUCUGAAAUCCUUCGGGGCCGACUCAGAGUGUUUCAAAACUCUCAAGGAAGUUCUCAUCAAGAAUCCGGGUCUUCUCAAUCAGUCGAAUAAAAAGGGUGAAACAUUCUUUCGCCGCAUCCUGAUUUCAAAAGACUUCGAUCUUAUUGAUGAUCUUCUUAAACUGGGUGCUAAUCCUCUCCAGCCGGACCUGGACGGAAACACGGCGCUUCAUCAUUUGGCUGGGCACCUCCACCUCGACCAGUCCCAGGCUCACUUCAAGCUAUUACUAGAAGCGGGUGUAGAUAUCAACUCUCGCAACAACAAGGGCGAGACACCUCUCUUCAAGUAUAUCGAGAGUGACUUGAUAGCUCCCUGGAGCUACCAGGAUGGUCAUUCUUGUGAAAAGAAGGAUAACGUCACCGACGCCAUCUUCAACGUCUUCGACGAGGCUGGAGCUGACUUCUUUGCACAAAACAAUGCAGGCUCCACAUUGCUCCAUCUGUUGGCCUCUCGGAAGAUAAGUAGCUGGUAUCCUGCGAAAUCCACUCACAGUGUGGUCCGGCGAUUCCAGAUUCUGAUGGAUCGUGGACUUGAUCCUUUGGCCGAGGAUGCACGCCAGCGGACCAGUUUGGAUGUUGCUGCUGUUUGUGGUAGUGAUUAUAUCAUGAAAUUGUUUGCGCGAAAGCCUAUGGAGUAG